AUGAGCUCGACUGGAAAGUCUGUAUUUGUGCCAACGCCUAUACGAGAUGCUUGGUUCCAGAAAAUACGCUCGUCCGUGGCCAAUAAAGGAUGUUUUGAUUGCAAUAAGCGCCAUCCAACAUGGGCUACGGUCACCUACGGCGUCUUCAUCUGUUUUGACUGUUCAGGUUAUCAUCGUCGACUAGGCGUUCAUCUGUCGUUCGUGCGCUCCAUUGACAUGGACGAAUGGACUGAAGACCAGCUUAAGGCCAUGUAUGAGGGUGGUAAUGCGGAGGCUCGUAAAUACUUUAAGCAAUAUGGCGCAGCGGAGCUAACAAGUAUUGAGGCGAAAUACAAUUCAAAGGCGGCACAGAUGUACAAGAUUGCGUUGAAUAAGAAGGUUAAGAUGUCAAAGCUGCAGAUUGUUGCUCCGAAAGAGGAGGAAGAGACUAAAGAUGAUGAAAAGAUUGAUGGCCUUGAGGCGUUAGUAAAGCACAUGGUGAUCAAGAGUGAGAACGGUGUGACGGCAGCUCUUAAUGGACACCUGAAGCGCGAAGUACCUGCUGUGAAGAAACCAUCUGUUGCUACACACCAGCCACCACAGGCGAGUUUGUUGAGUGUCAACCGUCGCGUUGUAUUGCUGGGACCGAAGGCUGGCGAGGCACCAACACCUGCUGCUUCUAGUACUGGACGAUUGAACCCGCGCAGCAAGGCUACUCGUCUGGGAGCUACAAAGCUGUCGACAGGAGGCAAGGCGACCCGUUUAGGCGCUACUAAAGUGUCGACGGGUGCGGACGACUUUGACUUCGACGACAUCCCGUUUGAGAACCCACCCCUAUCUCCUUCUUCUAUGAAGGAACUGUCAGCAGAGAAGCAGAUAAAGGAUGACGAAGCACUUGCACGGGCAUUGCAGGAGGCUGAAACUGAGCGCACUGCAGCCAUAGCCGCUUCUGCGCCGACACCGUAUCAGUCUACUCUAGGUCAAAAUCAGAGUCUCGACAAGUACAAGAAUGCGAAAUCGAUUUCAUCCGACAACUUUUUUGGUGGUGAAGCGGUGCAAGCAGAUAGCUCGCAGCUACUGAGAUUUCAGGGUUCACAGUCAAUUUCGAGUGAUGCAUUUUAUGGCAAGAACACCAAAGACCGCUCUACGUCUGGAGAGAUGACGGAUGAGGCAGCUUAUCAAUUGCAGCUAAUGAAGGACAAUAUGACGAGCCAAGCGGCCAAGCUCAAAGACAUGACGAGCGGGUUUUUCAGUAACCUGCAAACACGCUAUUCUUAG